UGGAGCGGCGAGCCGCAGGGUGUGCGCUUGCGCCGAGCUCCGGGACAGGGCGUGUUCCCCGUUCCGGGCCGCGUUUUGCUCCGAACGAGUGCAUCUCUUGCCACUCAAGUGCGCCCUGCGGAAACCUGUGGUUCUCUCGCCCCACCUGUUAGGUGCUGCCUUCCGCGAACAUGUCCAAGUCUCUGAAAAAGUUGGUGGAGGAGAGCCGGGAGAAGAACCAGCCGGAAGUGGACAUGAGUGACCGGGGCAUCUCCAACAUGCUGGAUGUCAACGGCUUGUUCUCCUUAUCCCACAUCACACAACUGGUCCUCAGCCAUAACAAGCUAACAACUGUGCCGCCAAACAUAGCAGAGCUGAAGAAUUUGGAAGUGCUGAACUUCUUUAAUAACCAGAUUGAGGAGCUGCCCACACAGAUCAGCAGCCUUCAAAAACUCAAACACCUGAAUCUGGGCAUGAACAGACUGAAUACUUUGCCUCGAGGAUUUGGCUCUCUCCCAGCUCUUGAGGUCCUUGAUUUGACUUACAACAACUUGAAUGAAAACUCUCUUCCCGGAAACUUCUUCUACCUUACCACCCUGCGUGCACUCUAUCUAAGUGACAACGAUUUUGAAAUCCUGCCGCCAGAUAUCGGGAAGCUCACAAAGUUGCAGAUACUCAGCCUUAGGGAUAACGACCUGAUCUCGCUGCCUAAAGAAAUCGGAGAGCUUACUCAGCUUAAGGAACUCCACAUUCAGGGGAACCGCCUGACCGUUCUGCCCCCAGAACUAGCAUACCUGUACUCCCGCAUUUUCGGGACAACCCUUGGACCUUGGUGGAAGCAAGCUUAUGAUGCAGCCCAGGAGAAAAGAGAGUCUUCUUUCUCUCACUGUCCCAUGGACGUCAUCCCCGAGCUGAAGAUUGCCUGUGGGGUCUUUCCUGGAGACUGUCCCUGGUCCACAGUUUUCUCACAUGGACCCAGGGCCCUGAAAACACAGCAUGGAAACUUGGAUUUAACUGGUCAGAAGCAAGUGUUCAAAGCAGAGAACAAUCCCUGGGUUACCCCCAUUGCUGACCAGUUCCAGCUUGGUGUGUCCCACGUGUUUGAAUAUAUCCGUUCUGAGACAUACAAAUAGCACAUCCUCAGAGGCCUUCUGAGUGUAGAGCAGCGACAGGUGGAGAAGACGGAUUAUCUGAUUUCCAGGCUCUAAUGGACUCCAAGAGGAGCCGCGGACAUUGGAAACAAAACAGUGCAAUCAGUGUUGAGGAAGAAUUAAAAUGUUCCGAGAGGAUUUGACACGAGGAAGAUAGGAACUUGCGCAGCGGAGCAGGGGCCGGGGAGACGCGGGUAGGUGUGGCCGGAGCAUAUUAUGGUAGCGUGCUGUAGAACACGCUUGGGGCAUUCAUCAUGCCUUCCAACUCAUUUCUCAGGUGGGGACGGUUCUUUGUUAUUUGUCAUACUUUCAGCCAGGGGAACAUACUGGCUGGUGUCAUUGCAAAAGCCGCUCAUCCAGUUUUUGAGGAGCAAACCCUACAAGUACAUUAGCAUUUUUCAGGCUGUGCUUAGGCCAUAGGGUCACCUCCUAACGCUGUAUCCGGUGGUGGUUUUCUCCUUGUUUGACCUCUUUUAUUUCUGUGAAGCAGAAUUAUGAUAGAAUAGUCACCACUUGUUUAGUUUCCAGAAGGUAGAUUUUUUUUUUUUUUUUUUUUUUUUUUUUUUUUUUUUUUACCUCCAGGAGGAGAAGUCAGAUUAGAGUCAGGAUCCUUGACAAGAUUCUUUGUGAAAGGGAGUAACUCACACUUUUCACAUUUCCAUCAAGGAAGGUGGAUGGGAACCGCAAGCCAUUUUAAAAGCUGACAAGUUAACUCUUAACAAAAGAAGAGGUUUGACAAAUGUUAGGCUGAAAAUGUGUUGGUUGAAAGAGGCAUUUGGAAAACAGGCACCCUCAUGAAGGCUGCAAUUUGCGAAGCAUGGCGGUCCUUAAGCCUCGUUUCCAGAGCGGCAUAACUCAAAGGAUGCUUCCCUGGCAUUUUCCUGUCUCGUGACUUGCUUUUGUCUCUAGGGGAAGGCGCCACACUCACUUACUUUAUUUUCUUUUUUAAUCUUCCGUGGAGACUGGCCAUACUAUUAUUCAUGCCGGUUCUCGGAAACAUUUUAACAAAGCAGUAUUUGGUGGAUGGUGGGCAGUGAUGAGAAAAAUGCCAGCAAUUUCUUUUCACUACAAAUCUAGCAAAAUAAGUCAUCCUGUUCGGCUUAUAAGGAGGAAUACUUUGAUCUUCUGGGUAUCAUCUCCAAACUUAUUUUACUCGUACAGUUAAAACUAAGUAAUGUUUUCUUUUUUUCUUCACUGUGUGCCAACCUAUCACAGGCUCUAGUGGACGUAAAUGGGCUUUAUUAAACAACUAUCAUAUCCUCUAAUGCCUGCUGAGUCUUUGACAUAGAAGAUCCUUAGAUAACAGAUAUAUCUGGUCUACCAAAAGGCUAAAGCGUUUCAAACCUAAUAGGUGACCCCCCCCCCCCCAUUCAUUUUAAGACAGGCCUUUCAGGAAGGAAAUCCCAUUUCACAAAACUUUCCAAACCUUAUUAUUUCCUGGUGAAGUAUAAAAAUGGAUGCACAGAACUAGCAGAUGGUUUUAUAAAUAUCAUGGAAAGAUGAAGGAGAGUGUUAAACUUCCAGGACCUUUUUAGCAGUUAGUGAAUUUUACAUAGUGACUUAGGAAUGCAGAAAAAAACGUAGACUUCUCUUUCAUUACUGUAUCUGAAAACAGCUCAAAUUAAGUCAGAGAAAAACAAUAUUUCCUUAGAGUAGACGUGAAAAUGAAGAACCAGUUUUGGUUUUUUUUCCCCCCCUAAAGCUCUGGACAUAAAAGAUUGUUUUUAUUUUUAAAGGUUGACUGUGUAUUGGGUGCCUGGUAAUUUAUAUUUCCUCUAUAGAUGUUAUAUAUGUAUAUAUUUUUCUUGUUAAUAAACAUAUUAUCACAUUUGCACCAUAACAUAAAAUAUGAUUCAAAUUCUUGACAUCUCCAGAUCUAUUUGCAUGCAAAUAUGUUGCAUUUAUCUAACAUCGCUAAGAAAUAGCAAAGAGAAAAGGGAAACUGUCCAUAAAGUAUAUUUUGGGUAGUAUGAGGUCAUAUCCCUUAUCUGAAGUUACCUUCAGUGGUAAAAUUACACAGCGCCCCUUUUUCUCCAGAUAGUGUGUUACCAGCACAAGUUAUUCCACUGAACAGACGUAACUUGGGAUGUAGUAUCAGCUGUCGUCCUUGGACAUACUCAUUCACCUGUUGCUGUCUGUGGCCGUGAGCGAUUCAUUGCUCUGGUAAAUUAAUACCUCCCUCUUAAGGUAACAGGAAGAAAACAGAUCAUGUGAGAAAAGAGUACAUAACAAUUUUCUCUCUCUUACAAGUUUUUUGAUUAGAUUAAAGUAAUUUACAUUUAAAAGGAUUUUUGCUCUUCUGCUUUUAACUUGUUUAGCGCUAUUCAGGUAAACUUGAGAGGUAAUUAGUAAUUUUCCAUUUUCUUUGUACAUGUGCACAUUUCUUUCAAUACAUGAAGUUUUUACAUGCCUUGUGAAGCUUUAUUUUUCUAGUUUUAUUUUACUUUAUAGUUCGUGCAAAAUGGUUCGGUUUUUUAAAUGGAAGGUGUUUCCCAUUCGAUAUUGCCGGUGCACCUGAAGUUUGGGAGAGUUAAAGGAGGGAACCUCUACUCCCUAAACAUAGUAAGGUCAAAGUUGAACCUUGCCAGGGUUUACAAACUAGCUUCAGGAUGCUACCUGUUAUUCCUGAACGCAUCUGGGAAACCCUGUCUUAUACAUAUUUGGGGAUGUUUUUUACUCUGACUUGAAUAUCCGCGCACACUUGGAAAAGCUUCCCUCCCAUACCCAUGUUCGCUGUGGUCCUCCAAUGUGGUCACGCCGUAGCCACAUUGUGCUGGCCUGCCAGCCCUGUGGGGACAGGUUCGGGCAUGUUUGGCCGAUGGGCAGGAGCUGUGUCAGUCUUUCUGCAUUUUAUGUAGCCACUUGUGUCCUUACCAC